UCAAAAUUGGUAUUAAAAAACAAGGGCAGGCGUUCUGGCAACCUUGGUUUUUGGCUCGAGUUAAAGAGAACGAAAAAGCGGAGGCUUUAUCACCCUACUCUUCAAUUCCCAAUUUUGAUUCCAACCCAUUGCCAUUAACGCUCUUAUUUUCUUCUUUUUCGUGUCAGUGUUCAUAUUUCUUCUUCUUCCUUUUUUUUUUUUUUGUUUGAUUUUUGGUUCUUGCAGGUUGAGAGAACAAAACCCAGAUGGGAAAGUCGUCGUCUUCUUCUCUAAAGAAGAAGAGAUCAAAAGUUUCUUCUCCUCAGGCACGGAUUAAGAAAAAAGGUAAAAUCAGGAGCAGGAGAAAGAGUAAGUCCAAGAAGCUUCGACGUCGUGAUGAUUCUGUUUCUUAUUCAAGCGAUAGUAGUGAUUCCAGGAAUUCUGUAUCUGUUUCAUCCUCGAGUUCUGAGGGUUACCGUAGAAGUAGAAGAUCUCGGUCAAGAACAAGAAAGGAUGUGAAGAGCAGUAAGAAGAGGGCUCGAAGACACUCCUCUAGCAGUGAAAGGACAGAAGACACUCCUCAUGUUAGAAAAAGAAAAGGAUCAAAGAAAAGUGGUGAAAAGAAAAAAACCCAUGAAAGGAAGAAGAAUAAGAACAAAAAGUCUGAAAGGGAGGUAAGUAUUAGUUCCACUAGUAGUGGGUCAUGGAGUUGCUCUACUUGUCAAGGUGGGAGUAGUAGCAGUGAUCAGAGUGAAGUGGAGAAGAAUAGAGGUAGGUACAAAAGAAGAGACAAAGAUAGGAGACAUGUGGAAAAGGUUAAAAGUGGAAGUAAAAGGAAGAGGUCUAGAUCGAGGAGUUGUUCAUCCUGCAGUCGGUAUAGUGAUUACAGGAGUGAUGAGCAAUUGACAGGCGAGGGUAAUAUGAGACGGCUGAGAUCAGUUAUUACUGUUGUUAGAGAGGGAAAUGAGGAGAGAGGGAUGGAUGAAGAUGAGCAUAAAGAAGAGAUGGUAUAUGAUUAUGAUGAUUAUCCUUCUAGCAGAAGCAAUGAUACUAAUGAUGGGGGGAGCAAGAGAGAGUUUGGUCAUAAUUCUCAUGUCACACCAGAGAAGAAAGGGGAUGCAGAAGAUGAAAAAGGAGAAGUAGUUGUUAAUCACAUCAGAAGUGAUAAAGUCUUUGAGACUAACAAGGACUGUAAGGAUUCUGAUGGGAAUAGUCCUUUUGAUGGGUUUAAGAUGAAUGAUGUUGUAAAGGAUAGGAGGAAUGAUGAUUCUGGUGUCAAUGAUAGUCCAAAUGCAUAUAAUUUGGAGUCAAUUUUGAGACAAAAGGCUUUGGAAAAUCUUAGGAAAUUCCAAAAGGGUCACCAGACUGAUGCAAAGGCUCCUGACAAUCAGAAAGAUCUAAUGCAUAGUGAUGUGAAGAGACUGUCUGCCACAAAAGCUGAAUUGGUUCAAAAUAAAUCCUCCAAGGGAGGUGGUGAUAGAGUUGUUGUUACCAGCCAAAUAGCGGGGGAUGACAGUAUUGCUGCAGCAAGUAAAGGUUCUACAGUGAUUUUGCAGAAUGAUAAAAAUCUUUCUGAUGGGAACACUUGGUGCAAAGAUAAUGGGGCUGAGCAUGAUGUUGCACAUCCACCAGAUCAGGUUCCUCUUGCUAGUAGCCCUAACAAGUUCAACAAGAAACUCAGUUCUGAAUCUUAUAAACCAAAAUUGAUUUCAUUAACAUCAAGGCGAGAACCAUCAAAUGCUUCCAUCAACAAGAAACAAGAACCUACUUUGCAACAGGAGCAUCUGCAACCAAAUUCAAUGACUGGGGAUAGUGUAGCUCAUAGUAAGGUAGAAACUGCACAAACUGCGAUCUGCCAACUUGGCAAAACUAAUAGUGAAGAAGUUAAUAACACCCACAGUUGUGCUUCUGAUGAUACUUCUUCUUGCCAAAAAUCUAUACCUGGAGGUAUUAGCUCUAAUAAACCACAAGAUGAGGCCAACAAUGAUUCACAGUUUGAGCAGAAGACUAUGACUGUAAUGCGGGGUGGUGAACUGGUAGAGGUAAGCUACAAGGUCUACAUCCCUAAGAAAGCCCCGGCCUUGUCUCGGAGGCCACUCAAACGGUGAUUUCUCAUAAAUGAUUUUGGUCUGAGUAGGCACUGUUUAGAAAGCUUUAAAAACAGAUACGACUGUUUAGUUUGCAACUUUGUAAGAGAUACUAUCAUUCCGAAGUGACGAUACAUGCAGAACCUGAACUGAAGAGCUUAGUGAAUUUCUGCUUGCAUUAUAUACUAAUACUAGUAACAAUUGGUGCAUUUAAAGAAUGUAAUCUAUUGUGGCCACAAGGAUGACUAUCUUUCUGACAUUUAUUUUAGAAGUAGCAUUAACUUGUUUGGUGUA